AGUAACUUAUUAGAGAUGAAUUAAAAGAUUUCUGUCUAUUAUGUUGAGUGGAGGUUUGUCGACCAAUAGGAAGAAGAGGCAUGCCAUGCUAAUUACUUUUACCACUCGUUGUAGAUGCAAGAAAAGGGUACAUUUUUUUGGUAAAAUAAAUUGUAAGAAUUUGGAAAUCAGAGUGGCAAAACCAAUGCAAAACUUUACGAAGUGCCACCGAACUCCCGUUCGAUCAUCGUGAUGGGAUGAUACUGGUGCAAGGCGAGAAGCGAGGUUAUAUUGAUGCGUCACGAGUUAUCCGGUCGACGCGGAAAAGUUGAGGUGAAAUCGAAGGCAGGUGUGGGCCGUGGAAGCAACCAGCAGACCUGGGCAGUUGAUCCGUUUUUUGUGCGUAACCAGUCGAGUCAUGGAAGGUAUCGUAGACGACCGAACAAAGAAAACCCGAAAAAGACAAAUGUCAAAAGCUAAAAGAGUCCUAGCAAACCGGCGUGAAAGAGAACGUGUGCGAAAAAUGAAUGACGCCUUUGAAGAACUUCGAAGCGCCAUUCCAAAUUAUGAGGAUACCAGGGUGAAAACUAAGCUAGAAUUGCUACGGAUUGCCACAAACUACAUCCGAAGCUUGAAAGAUUACAUCCAGAAUUCUGUUCACGGGCAGGAAGGCUAUAACAUUGCGGUGAACUCCCACAUGUUCCAGCCAGAUUUUGAAAUGGAAAGCAGUACAGCUAAGUCAUUUCCACCUCCGUUCCCAGCUGCGUUGCCACCAGCUUACACCGAGUUACCAAAUCAGUUCCAGUUCCCACAACAGCAUGUGGGCCAGUUUCCCUCAUCAGUGUCAAACGUUAGCAUCUCUGAAAGCUCUCACCAGGAAUUUUGCAACCUUUUGGCGACGAGCCUUGCUGAUUCUCAUUCAGGGGAAAAUUUGCUGUUCAAUCUGCAGAAUGCAGCCUCUACUUUAUGUGGCGAAGGCCAUUGAAGAUGUACAAGAAGCGGACACUCUAGUGCAUCCGUUACUAUAGAGAGAUUAUAACUUCAACCUGCUGUUACCGCUGUCAAGAUCGUCUGAUAAUAGAAAGAGUUUAAAUAGCAAGUUAUCAUGAUCGUAUUGAUUUUAUUUUGAAACUUAGCAAGAUCUUAUUUCACAGUCAUUUGCAUUAAUAUCUCAUGUGUCGUUCUCUUGGUAUAAACUGUGUUGUAUUAUAGUCAAAACCCGUGUGUAAGAACCUAGUAAUUAAGAACCUUUUUGGCAGAAAUUUUUGGAUUUUAAUACCCAAAAAUAUAAGAACCUGUUUA